AGCUUGCCGACUUUUUAAUGAGUGCACCACAAAACAGCGGUAACUCAAAGAGUUCAUUACCAGCUUUGCAUGGUGUUAAGAUCAAAGCUAGAAAGAGCCAGCAAAAAGCUCAAGCAAAAUACGAACCGACUGUUUUUAGGGAGGGUAUUUUAAAAGCACUUUCAAACGCUCAACCUGGCAACUUUGACGAGAUCUCCCAGCAAUUGGAUCUCUCAGGCAAUACGCUCGACUAUAAAAAAUACGGCGAGACUUUAUUUGAAAUACUUCUUACCGGUGGUGUAUUAGUACCCGGAGGUACUAUUCUUGACGAUGGGGCACAACGCA